GCCAGCAGCCAGCCAGCGCCAGUGCCGUGCCGACUCCGGGACGAAGCGUACGUACACGUCGCGCGCCCCGUGCCGGUCAUUGAGCGAUGCGGGCACACUCGCUCUCGCACGCGCCGCCCCGCGACCAGUCCGUGGACUAAGUCCCCCUCGUGUCAACACUUUGCUGUGUGAUUGGUGUGCUACUCGCGCUGACCGGCGUGCGGCCCGGCGCGCAUCGCGACCUGUUCUCACCGAGUGACACCGCCGCCUGGAUAAGCACUACUUGUUUACCGUGGAUACCUCCGCCUACCUGUUCGGACCCGGUACUACCCGCCCGGCGGCGUGCCCGGAGUGCGAGUUGACCGGGGUCCCAUCAUCCUCGCAUCCAUCUGCGUCGGGCGGCCGGCCGACCGACGCGGACGACGCGCCGACCAGGACGAUGCCGCGCCAAUGAGGGACGACGGUCGGCGGCGACGCUCUCCCCGGUGUGUCCGGCCCUGCCCCUGCCCCCUCCCCCCCGCGACAUGGCCCAGGACGGUGGCGGCCAGGACGGCGGCCGCCAGGAGGGCCUCCCCCGCGGCGGCCCGGCCCGGCCCGAGGCUGUCGCGGCGGCGCGCGGCGGCGGGGACCCCCUCCGCGGCGGGCCCGCGCUGCCCGCGGCGGUGACUACUGGUGGGUGUGUUAGUGCGCUGCGGACCGGAGCCACUGCCGCCUCGAUGGCGCUGCGGACGUGUGUGUUGCUGGCACUGCUGGCCCAGUGCUUGGCCGCGGCCUCGUCGCCGUCCUUGCGGGCGGCCGAAGACAACCUCCUCGCGGACUCCGGCCACGGCCACUUCUCGUCGCAGUGGAUCGUGCACAUCGACGGCGGGCCGGCCGCCGCCGACGAGAUCGCCGCUCGCCACGGCUUCGACAACCACGGAGAGAUCUUCGAGGGCGUGUUCCACUUCGAGCACAAGCGGGUGGCGAAGCGUUCCGUCGACCCCAGCCCGCACCAUGACACCAGGCUGCUCAGCGAACCUAACGUUAAGCGGGCGCUGCAGCAGCGCAUCAGGAGGCGCGUCAAGAGGGACUUCCUGGAGGAGCAGGGCUCCGGGCGCACGGAGCGCGCCGCCAGGGGCGGCCCGCGCUCGGAACGCUCCAAGACCCCCGUCAUGUUCAACGACCCGCGGUGGCUGCAGAUGUGGUACCUGAAUCGAGGUGGGGGCCUGGACAUGAACGUGCAGCCCGCGUGGGAGGAGGGCUACACCGGUCGCGGCGUCGUCGUCACGAUCCUGGACGACGGCCUCGAGAAGGACCACCCCGACAUCUCGAGGAACUACGAUCCGCAGGCGAGCUACGACGUCAACAGCCAUGACGACGACCCCAUGCCCCGGUACGACAUGCUGGACUCCAACCGGCACGGCACGCGCUGCGCGGGCGAGGUGGCCGCCACCGCCAACAACUCCAUCUGCGCCGUGGGCGUGGCGUUUGGCGCCAGCGUCGGCGGCGUCCGCAUGCUCGACGGCGACGUGACGGACGCCGUGGAGGCGCGCUCGCUCAGCCUCAACCCGCAGCACAUCGACAUCUACUCGGCGUCCUGGGGGCCGGACGACGAUGGCAAGACUGUGGACGGGCCUGGCGAGCUCGCCACCAGGGCCUUCGUCGAAGGCAUCUCCAGGGGUCGGGGCGGCAAGGGGUCCAUCUUUGUGUGGGCGUCCGGCAACGGUGGCCGCGACAUGGAUAACUGCAACUGCGACGGCUACACCAACUCGAUCUGGACGCUGUCCAUCUCGAGCGCCACGGAGAACGGGCUGGUCCCCUGGUACUCGGAGGCGUGCAGCUCGACGCUGGCCACGACCUACAGCAGCGGCCAGACGGGCGAGAAGCAGGUGGUGACGAUCGACCUGCACCACAUGUGCACCAGCUCGCACACGGGCACCUCGGCGUCAGCGCCGCUGGCCGCCGGCAUCUGCGCGCUCGCCCUCGAGGCCAACCGCGACCUGACGUGGCGCGACAUGCAGCACAUCGUGGUGCGCACGGCCAGGCCCGCCAACCUGCAGAGCAACGACUGGGCCGUCAACGGCGUCGGCAGGAACGUGAGCCACUCGUUCGGCUACGGCCUCAUGGACGCGCACGCCAUGGUGCAGCUCGCCCGCUCCUGGAAGUCGGUCCCCGACCAGCACCGCUGCGAGGUCUCCGCCCCGCACACCGACAAGCUGAUACCUUCCAAGAGCCAGGUCGUCCUACAGCUCCACGUGAAGGAGUGCGCCGGCGUCAACUUCCUGGAGCACGUCCAGGCCAAGAUCAGCCUCGCCUCCUCGCGCCGCGGCGACCUCCAGAUCCACCUCACGUCGCCGGCCGGCACCAGGUCGACGCUGCUGGCGCGCCGGCCGCAGGACAUGUCCCGCGGCGGUUUCACGGCCUGGCCCUUCAUGUCGGUGCACACGUGGGGCGAGCAGCCCUUCGGCACCUGGCAGCUCGAGAUCCACAACGAGGGCCGCUUCCUAGGAACUCUCACUGAAUGGAAGCUAAUACUCUAUGGGACGGAGACUGAGCCUGGCAACGAUGGUGACAGAAAGUCUCCACCUUCCUCAAACACGAAUGUGAACAACGGCAAUCGCAAAUAUGGCGUCAACCGUCCCGUUAAUCAAUCUUCUCCAAAUCAAGAUGAAAACGUCGUGGAGCCCGACAUUGGGAGCCCGUGGAAGGAAGUCCAUGUGGGUCACACUCAUAAUGAGGUUCGAGGCACGACUGAAGAUGGCAUCUCGAGUUCCGGAUGUCUGUCACAGGACUCAUCGCAUCGUUAUUGCCUAGGUUUGUGUUUACUUUUAGUUCUGUUGCUUCAGCUAGUGACAGCUCCACAGCUGCUUUAUGGGAAUAAAAUUCAUCAAGUAUCAAGUUGUAAGAGCCAAAGACCCUUUUUUGAUGAAACAGGUCCUAGAAAAUUGUCAAGGCUUAAAAACUGUCCCUGUAAAUCCAGGCCAUGUUCUGUCUUUCAAUCUGAAUGCAGUUCAAUUCCUGUAGUUUUGUCAGCUAUUAGACAUAAAUCUUCAUUAAGAAAUGAAUCCUCCUAUGAGAGCUUUGUUAUAGAAAAUCAUAAUAGUUGUAUUCAAACAUCUUGUAUGUCAAAUAGACUUGUUUCUACUGGAAAUAAUUGUUUCAAAAGCAAAUGGCAUGGAAGGAAUGUGUUUGAGAGUUCACAACUUAAUUGUGUCUAAUGAUGCAAGAAUUUGCUUCAUUCCCAGUGGUCCAAACCGUUACUGUUACAAUCUAGUUACUUAAUUAUAUUUAAUUGUUGAGAAAGAAUCACCCAUAGAGUUUGUUUAAUAACUGAGUAUUUAUUUCUGUACCAUAUUUUAUUUAAGUGAUUUAUUUUAUUUUCAUUAUUUUAGAAAUUUGAUGUGUAUGUUCUCUUACUUAUGUGAAUGAUGGCCAAGGACCCAAAGUAUCCUUUUUUAACUCAUGAAAUGAAAGUUUUCAGGCACUCGAGAUGCAUUCACUGAAGCUUUUAAUUUACCUUUGUUGAUAUUGUGAAUCUUAUACUCAGUUACCACAAGAUUCACUUAAUAUUCUUCCUUGAUUAUGUGAGACUUUGUCUUCCCAGCUUGAUGAAGAGCUUUACUGAAGUCAAGUGAUAGGUUGUUCUUUAAAUGAAGUUCUGUUGUCCAUAGUAAAGACUGAUGUGUGAUCAGAGUGGAUAUCUGGCCAUGUUUGCACCGUGGCCAUGAUGUAUGGAUUUGUUUAAGCUAGCUCCAGUUGCAUAUCUCUGUAGGUCAUUUCUUACGCUUUUCCUAUUUUAUUAUGUAUUAUUUCAGUUCCUAUUCCGGUAGUAUUUAUGAUUGAUUAAGAUCAAUCCUUAUCAGAUUUUAAUCAUUGUGGAGCUGUUUGUACUUAACAUUCCACUAAUGAUUUACAAUUGAAACCAUGAUUUGGUGCAAGAAAACAGAAAAAGACUGGUGUAUACAGAUUAGUUCAGUAUUUGCACCAAUAUGCCUACUUGAAAAGUGUUUCUCUGGUAGGUAAAAGGACACACUUCAAAAAAUUACAUUUCUUUGAAAACACUCCAGUGAGUAUGUGUUAUAAGUCAUUGAGGUAAAAGCAUCCUGGGUAGGCUAACAACCAAAAGAUUUAUUUAAAAAGGGACCAUCUCAGCAAACGAGGGGGUAAAAUGUUUUCUAGGUUUUCUGGUUAGGUAAGUUUUACGUUCUGUCAAGGCACAACUAAGAUUUUCCAUGGCUGUACCCUGGAUGUUUGGCCUCAAACCCCAAGCUGUACUCAUUGUGGGUAUCAAAACUAUUUUAUCAGGCUUUCAAUAAUUUCAUCUAGUCCCACUAAAUAAUUAGUAGAACCAUCAGAGUGACAAUAUUGAUACAAGUCUCCCAAUAGCAAUGUAUGUGACCCUUGAAAUACUAUUUAUUUCAGUUGUUUUACUGAAAAUGGGUCCUAUUUCGAGAAAGAUUCUGAUAAUAUCAUUAAGUUAGGAACACGUAAUCAUGCCUUCCUGAUGAAGAUUUGUGUGCUAGUAGUUAUUUGCUUUGCCAUAAUUUCAAUGUUUCAUGAUAGGCUAAUAUUAUCGAUAGAACUUUUGCUCAUACCAAAGAACUGAGCUGUUUUGCCUGCUUUCCUUACAAAUUUUAAAUACAUAUUUUCUAAAGAGGUUGGACUGGCAACCUGGCCACUGAGAUAAGUCAUCUAUUUCAGUGAAGAAAGAGGUGCUGUGAUUAUUGGAUUUUAUUAAUUCUUCUUUUUUAUUUUACAUUCAAAUAAGCAGAUGCAAUCUUUUAAUGUUUUUACUUUGAAUUCCUUUAAGAUUUUUUCAAAAAUUUCUUUUUAAACUUAUUGUGAUUUGGAACUGCAAGAGUUUGUAGGGAUGCAUGGUCAAAUGCUGCUCAGCUGAUAAGAUAUGUUUUAUUUUUGUCUAGUUUACGUCCUUCAGUAAUAGAUUUUAAAAACCUGGUGCAUUAGUCUUAUCAAAAUGUGUAGAACACUCACUUGUGACGAUGUAUAUCAUUCAUGAUCUGUUUGGUGUCAAAACCUCCUUUUUCUUAACUUAACUUAUUUGUUUGUUUCUUAAUAUUUUGACAGUGAUCUGUUUCACUAUAGUUGUGUAUUUUUAAGAAAUUCUGGACUGUAAGUUUUUUGUAAGUCAAGACCCUUACUUGAUACAGGGCCUUACAUUUUCCUUGCUCAAACGGGAUACAAAAAGUUACCUAACUAUUAGGAUUGUGUCAAACGUUUCGAUCAUCAGUAAAUAAUGUGAUAAGCUAAGGCUCCUUAAUGUAAGCUCUAGAGAGCUGAACUCUAUAGACUCAAUCUUUCAAUCAACUCUGAAAAUUUGUAGGUGCGCAGCAAACUUUAUGUUGCCACUUCUUUUCUACAUUUGCAAAUGUUGGUUAUUUUGAAGGGAAGUGUGUGUGAACUGUAACCUCAAAACCAUGAAGUGACAGCACACCUUCUAAAAAAAUAUUUGUGUGUGUGAAACUUUCACCUUCUAAUUUUGUUAUGAAAAGAGUUGGUAGAUGUUUCAGCAUUGAUAUUGAUUGUCGAAGAAACAGUGGCCUGUGCCUUCAUUAUUGAAUUUAAAGCAUAUUCAUAAUUUUACAUCAGUAUUGAAAAUUUUGGCAUUUCCAUUUUACCCCAGGCACUUAAUAAAAUAGAUGUGGGUUGGUUCAGAAAAAUAUACUGUAAUCUUUUACAUCCCUCUAAUGUAUUUACUGAAGUUCAAAACAACAAAGUUCAACUUGCCAAUUGCAUAAACAACAAUGUGAUAUCACUUAUUAAUAGAGUGCAAUAUGCAUAAUUUAAAAGUAAUCUAUUUCUUAAGUAUUUCAUUUCGUGCAAGUUGUUUUUGUGUUGAAACUAAUGAAAGUCUUCAAAAGUUGUUAUUUCUUAAUUAUAGUGUUUGGCAAUUUUGAUUUUUUAAAGUUGUUGUAAAGUUCACUUUUUAAAAAGUUAUAUUUUUAUCAUUUUGAAGACUUACAUCAAUUGUCAAGCAUAUUUCUUUUUUUUGUUAAUCACUUUGCCCUUAGUCAAAUAUUUACAUAAUACAAUGUGACUUAUUUGACAUUUGAAUGAAGACAAUUAACUUACAAGGGCACUUUUAUUUUACCUAUUUCAAAAUGUUCACAUUCUAUUUUUAUUUUUUUUGUGACAUAUCUUAAAAUCAGUUGUUUUCUGUUUUUAAAAAUUUGGCAAGCAUGAGUGAAAAUGGAUUUUUUAUCAAUCUUCUGUCCAAUUUACCUGGAAACAAAUUUGUUUCUGGAGAAGGGAUUCUGAUCCAAACUACUAGUAGUAAACUAUUUGUUUGAGUAUAAAAGAAACUUUUCUUAUUUUAUUAAAUUUCAAAGCAAAUGUUUAUCUACAUGUGGGGGCAAAUCUAGAUUGACUCUUAUUACUACAUAUCCAGAACAUCGUUUCCUACUUAGCUAUAGUUAGAUCAUUGUUUUCUUGUAUGGAUGAAGUAUAUAAACCAAUAAAUGGAAUGUGUUUUGUUUGAUCUGA